AUGUGGGACUCUGGGCGCUGGCGCUGGGCUGUGCCUCCGGCAUUUGUAGAAUCCCGUCCCGGGGCUGGAGGUGGCACAUGCCAGAGUCCUGCGCUCCCUGCCCUGGUCCGGCCGCCCGCCCCACCUCUGCAGCCAUCGCUGGAUAUUAAACCUUUUCUUCCUUUUCCUCUUGACACGGCCGCUGCAGUCAACCUCUUCCCCAAUUUUAAUGCGAUGGACCCGAUUCAGAAAGCUGUAAUAAAUCAUACGUUCGGGGUUCCUCUUCCUCAUCGAAGAAAGCAAAUCAUAUCAUGCAACAUUUGCCAGUUGAGAUUUAAUUCCGAUAGCCAGGCUGGGGCCCACUACAAAGGCACGAAACAUGCCAAGAAGCUCAAAGCACUGGAAGCCGUGAAAAAUAAGCAGAAAUCGUUAACUGCCAAGGACGGCGCAAAGACCACCUUCACCUCCACCACUUCCAAUGCCAUCAAUGCCAGCUCUGACAAAACAGACACUAACACAGGGACACCAGCCAUAUCAACCACGACAACGGUGGAGAUUCGCAAAAGCAGUGUUGUGACAACGGAGAUCACGUCUAAAGUGGAGAAAAGCCCCAGCACAGCGGCCGGCAACAGCUCCUGUCCUUCCAUGGAGACGGAGGAGGAGAAGGCAAAACGCCUGCUCUACUGUUCGCUCUGCAAGGUGGCUGUCAACUCCGCCUCGCAGCUGGAAGCGCACAACAGUGGUACAAAGCACAAAACCAUGCUUGAAGCCCGAAACGGAAGCGGGACCAUCAAGGCAUUUCCUAGGGCCGGAGUGAAAGGUAAAGGGCCUGUCAAUAAAGGUAACACCGGCCUGCAGAACAAGACGUUUCACUGUGAAAUCUGCGAUGUGCACGUCAAUUCAGAAACACAGCUUAAACAGCACAUCAGCAGUAGAAGGCACAAAGACAGAGCUGCCGGGAAGCCCCCGAAGCCGAAAUAUAGUCCCUACAACAAGCUACAGAAAGGGACGCAUCCCCUGGGCGUAAAAUUAGUAUUUUCAAAAGAACCUUCAAAACCCUUGGCCCCUCGAAUUCUACCAAAUCCAUUGGCAGCUGCAGCUGCUGCGGCAGCUGUGGCAGUGAAUUCCCCCUUCAGUCUCCGAACUGCUCCAGCAGCCACGCUGUUCCAGACUUCGGCUCUCCCUCCGGCACUCCUGCGGCCAGCUCCUGGACCCAUUCGGACCGCCCACACGCCUGUGCUGUUUGCUCCUUACUGAAUUCCAAAAGGGAAUACCUGUACUGCAAUAAUUUUUUUUCCACAAAA